UCUGCCCCUUCGCCCCGCACUUCGCUCAACUCUUAGAUAAUUUUAUGGCUUUACAAGAGGAAAAACAAGCUCAGCCCUUUGCAGACAUCUUUGAUGAAGAUGAAGCUGAAAAAUCAUUUCUGUUGUCCAAGCCCACUUGCUUAAUUAUCCUUGGAAAGCCAGGUUCUGGAAAGAAAACAUUAGCUAGAAAACUAGCAGAAAUAUGGAAAUGUGUUUUCAUAGAAGCUUUGGAAGUAAUUCAAACAAAUAUUCAUGAAGAAACAGAAUAUGGGCUUAAGUGUCAAGAAUUGCUUUUUAAAGGUCAAAGUAUUUCUGAAGAACUGGUUACAGAAAUGAUUCUGAAAAAGAUUGAGUCACCAGAAGUUGCUCAUUUUGGUUAUGUUCUCAGUGGAUUUCCUUCUCUCUCAGAGGAAUACAUGACUGUUUCACAGCAAAUAGAGAAAAUAAAAAAUUUAAAACUAAAACCGGAUUUCCUGAUUAACAUUAAGUGUUCAGAUUAUGACUUAUGCCAAAGAAUAUCAGGACAAAGGCAACACCCUGAUUCAGGGCAGGUAUAUCAGAGGAGCCAGUGGGAUCCUAAUGUUAUUGAAAAACAUAAGAAAGAGAAAGAUCAGCUUGAAGAAGCUAAUGAAGAAGAAGAUGAAGAGCAGGAAGAAGAAGAGGUAAGUAUUGCUAAUUUCUAACAGUAUCCACUUAUGAUGUCAGAAUUUUUGCAUCAACUAGUGCAGAGGCCUGAAGAUAUUCUUGAAAAUGCAGAGGAAAAAGUUGGAACGUAUAAAGAUAUAAUGCUUCAUCCUUUAGAAGACUUGAUGGCUGAACAGGAUUGUCAAUAUCUUAUUGAACUGGAUGGAAAUCAGAAACCAGAUGAUCUCUUUGUAUCAGUGGUAGUCCGACUUCAAUCUCUGGGUGUUCAAAAUGGAGCUCCUAUAACUAGACUUCAAAGUCAGCAAGAAGAAAUGCCGGAGAGACUGGAAAAUGAUGAACUUUUCCGGGUUCUGUCAUCUUACAAACUAAUAGCACACAGAUAUCGAUGGCGUAGAAGCAGGUGGGGACAAGCAUGUCCUGUGGCUCUAAAGGAAGGUGAUAUUGUAAUGGGAAACCCAGACUUGGCUGUCAGUUUUCUAGGUAAAAUGUACGUACUGUCAACCCCAGAAGCAUUGAAAACAUUUAUGCUGAAUCCACGGCCUUACCUGUUACCACCAAUGCCACUUCCUCCUUGUAAAGUAUUAGUAUUUGGUCCUGCAUUCUCUGGAAGAACGACUAUUUGUAACCUAAUUGCACACAAAUAUAAAGGAAAGGUAGGUUCAUAA